AUGGCUUUUCUUGGACAAUUUACAGCAAAUGUACAAGCACAUCUGAACUCAGUGAAACCACAACUUAAUUCAGUUCUUCAAAGUGCUACUCGUGCUCGUCAAAAUUUAGUGCCUAUGAUUAAUCGAGCUUCAGCUCAACUAGAUAAUAUCGGAAAAAUAUUGCAGGUUACUGGUGAUCGAAAGCAAUCACCAAUUGACAUUCUACCAUCAAUUACUGCGUAUGACAUCAAUCUUGAAGAAGCGUCAUUUAAUUUUGAUUAUCCACAAUCAUGUGAAAUGAAACUGGUGAAUGCCGGUGAAAGCCUUCAAUUGUAUUUGGGGCAAGGACUAUCUGGUACUUUUUCUGCCAGUUUCUUUGGUGACGACUGUUAUUUCUUAGAAUUAAUUUUAAUUCAUUGGGGAACUGAACCAAUGAAUGGUAGUGAGCAUACAGUUGGUGGUGUUGGUUAUGCCGGUGAAAUACAUUUUAUUCAUCGAAAUUCUCGAUAUUCAACCGUAGAACAAGCACUCAAAGAACCGAACGGAAUCGUUGCAGUUGCGGUUCUUUUGAAUGAAUCUCAUGACGAUAAUUCAACGUUACUACCAAUAAUUGAAGGUAUUACGCAAGUGGUUUAUAAGGGAAGCGAAUGUAUGUUACAGCGAAUCCAAUUGCGGCAGUUAAUCCCACUCGUUGAAAAACGAAAAGAAUUUUGGAUGUACGAUGGUUCUGAAACAAUCGCUCCAUUCCGAGAAACCGUACGAUGGAUAAUAUUUCGUUCGACAAUAUCGAUUUCAUCACAUCAGUUGGAUAGAUUAAGAACAUUACGAAAAGAAGGAUACGAAUGUGAAGUCGAGCAUAGUAUGCAGCCGAUUCGUAUUGUACAACCAAUUAACGGUAGAAUGGUGCAUUCAUCGUUUCGUUCUGGUGCACAAGCACCGCCAAUUCCAAAAGCACCAUAA